AUGGAAGAAAAGCAGAAAGAGGAGAAACCAGAAGAGCAACUUACAGACCUUGAAUCAGCUGUCCCAGAAUCCUUACUAGAAUUUCAAAUUGAGGCAAAAGAAGAAGCAAUUGAUAAAGUUUUGCUUGUUGUGAAACAACUGGAAGAAAAGAACAAAGAAUAUUAUGAAAGAUGUGAGCUGCUGAAGAAGGAACUGCAGGCACGCGUCAGGCGCUUACUGGAGCAGGUAGAGGAAGAGCAGAAAGAACGAGAUAAGAAGGAGGUUGUAACUAGGGAUGAUGUGGAGAAGUCACUGAUAGCAACAUGGCAGUAUGUUCAGGACAAAGAACAACUUCUGGAAGAUCUGCACUCCCAAAUUGAAGAAACCAACCAAAAAAUCUCAGUAAAGCAGAGUGAGAAAGAUGAUUGCUUGGAGUACAAAAAUGUAGGAAGUAAAAUAGAAGCUGAGAAGAUUACGAGUCUGGAAAAAGCCAUUCAAGAAGUCAAAGAUGUUUUUCACAGAGCUACAGAAUAUUACAGAAAUUCUUUGAAAGCAAUGAAAGAAGAAAAUACCAGACUGGUUUUGAAGCACAUGGAAUUAGUUAAGGAACAGGCCCUUGAGAAUGCUGUGAGAUACUUAGACAAAGACAGCUGCAGAGAAAUUGAAGAGAAUGACUGGCUAAAAGAAGAGGUUAAGCUGUACCAAAAGGAAGUGAGUGAUUUGAAAGCCUCAAUUCAACUUCUGGAAGAAGAAAAUAUCGCGCUAGUGGCAAAACUGGUUGAUAGCAGACUUGAGUAUCUAGGAGUACCCAGGCAUCUUGCAGCUGGCUUGCCAGAUGAGUUUCUUAAGGAUGGAAUGAAAGCAGUAGAGUAUAGCAAGUAUGCAGCAGAGGAAGAUGGGGAUGAAAGCCUCAGAAGUGCCCCAGACUCCUGUCAGAAAACAAAAUCCUUUCCAAAGAUUCAGUCUACAUCAGACACUGAGGAGCCCCAAGAGAGUGACGAGGAGAUACCGGAACAACCACUUACUCCAGCCCCGGGCAGCCUCUUUUAUGAAGAUGAAAAAGAUUUCCAGGAACAUUUAGAACUGGCUUCUCUGGAGACAAAGCUGAUGUGUGUGAUUGGAAAAGCUAUGCCUAUUCAUAAACAACCAGAAGAAAUGCCAAGCAGAAGGGGCACAGAAGACAGCAUGGGUCAUAAAUCAGACAGGCGCAUCACAGCUCGGAUGAUCAGGGCUUUAUCUAAAGAAAAGGUUGGUUAAGAACAGACAAGCU